UUUCAUGAAUUACACUGUAUUUUGCAUUAUUUGUAUUAGACAUCUUAUAAAAGAUGCACUAUAAGAAUUAUUGUAGUAAAAUAUAUAUUUUUUUUAUAAUUAUUUGUUUUUUGUUUUUAACGAUGUUGUGAGGUUGAUAUUUUUCAAAAAGGAAAAAGCGAAACUUUUAUUUUGAAACUCACCCGGAAGCACGUUUCUGCUGAGAUGCUUGGUGCAAAUAAAAUGGUCAAGACAGUAUUAUACAUAUAUGAAUGAUGUAAUAUUAUUUUUGUGUGAUGUCAGGGAUGAGUAUGAGAACGAUAAAACGCCUUUUCUCGAGCUCUGUUUUUUACCGUUUUGCGAGCAGCCAUAUGAGUAACUUUAGAAGCAAUGAAAUAAAGAGAGUCUCGAUCGAAGGAAACAUUGCCGUCGGGAAGUCAACAUUUGCCAAGCUGCUACAGAAUGCAGGACAGGACUGGGAAGUGAUAGCAGAGCCCGUCAGCAAAUGGCAAAAUGUGGACCAAACGCAGACUGUAGAUGGUGCUCAGCAAUCAUCCAGUAACCUGUUAGAGAUGAUGUAUCAUGAUCCAAAGCGCUGGUCCUACACGUUCCAGACGUUCUCCUGCAUGAGUCGCAUGCGCACACAUCUGCAGCCCCUUGCUGCCAGAUUACUGCAGUCCACAGGCACGCCGGUACAGGUGUACGAGCGCUCUGUCUACAGUGACAGGUACAUCUUUGCUUUAAAUAUGUUUGAGCUUGGCUGUAUAAACUCAACAGAGUGGGCUGUGUAUCAGGAUUGGCACUCCUUUCUUGUUGAGCAGUUUGGUCAUCGAAUUCAACUGGAGGGCAUCAUAUAUCUCCGAGCAUCACCACAGACCUGCAUGGAGAGGUUAGGCAGACGAGGUCGAAUGGAGGAACAGGGAAUUCAGCUUGAUUACCUCGAGAAACUCCACACAAAACAUGAAGACUGGCUCAUCAACAAGAGUACAAAGGUUCAUUUUGAGCACCUGGCGAAGGAGAAGGAACUUCUUUAA